CCAUAGCGAGAAACAAUAUGGCGGUUAAAAACAGAAAUGUAAUUGUUUCAUAACGUUCUUGCUCGCUUAUCCGAUGGGAGAAAACCAAGCGAUGGAUCAACUAAGAGGCAAUCAUGGCUGAUAGUGGAAAUUAUUCUUUUUCCAGCCACAACCUUCCAUCACCUGCAAUGAGGCAGUCUUUUAAUAGACCGGCGAUGAUGUUACAGAACAGCAAAUUACAGUCACCGGAAAACAGAUUUGGUUUAUCGCCAAACAAGGCAGCUGAAAGCCAAGACGAUAAACCUUUUACAACAAAGGAAGGAGAUACUCAAAGGGUGAAAUUUGCGCCUCAUCCACCAUCUUCACCGCGAGCAAACGCUCCUGAUUCUAAUGUCCAUCGCGUUGCGGGGUUAAAUUCAAAAGGAGUCAAGAGAUCCCGCCACGAAUCCCCAAGGAAUUCUCCAUCUGGGUCAGAAGAUGAAAGGAGAAUUCAUAAACAAGUUAAUAAUGUGAUACUUGAUCCUUUGCCCAUGAGGCGAGGAAGUACAGGGAGUUUGAAUAGUAUGGGGUCCAGCGAAUCUUUGGGUAGUCCUCGUCAAAGAAAUCGAAAUCUUAGGGGAGUAGAACCUCUAAGAGAUAUCGUUUCCGAUAAAGAUAUCACUGGUAACUUUAAAUCCUACCAGAAUAGAGCAAUAUCUGACGAUUCUGGCAGAAAAAUUUUGAAAAAUGUGGUCCAUCCUAUGAGAGUAACACAUGACCAAACUGCAAAAGGAGAAAGAAAUGUUCAAGAAAGGUUACCUGUGAAAGUGAAUUCUGAGCAGACAGUUUCUUUAAACAAUAAAACUCCUUCUGAAGAUGAGGUCACACUAUCAUCUUCUAAUGACAGUUUGACAAGUGUGAGUGACAGUGAGGAAGAUUUAGUAAGUGAUAGCGACAUACCACGAAACAGGAAAUUAGAAUUAGGGAAACAUAGAGAUCCUAAUUCAACUCUUCCCACUGUUCCUGGUCAGCUCAAUGAUAGAACUCUUGCAUCAAACUCAACUGGUUUGUAUGAAAGUAUUCAUCCACAGAAGGUUGAUAAUGUGCGGAAUAACUCCACCUCAGAUUUACGCAAUCUCAGUAAGGAACUGGAGAGAGUUGCUACUAAUGAUGAGAAGUAUGGAUCAGAUACAGACCUGUCUUUCCGAUCAACAGGACAGGCCUCAAAUCUCUCCACCAUGUCCAUGUUGCCGCGUGUGUCUGCACGGACAGCACGGACAAGAAGUGGCAACUUUUUAAAAGAGGAAAUGGAGCGCUAUCUGCCUGACCAUCAAAUUGGUGUGUUUGUAGCUACCUGGAAUAUGCAUGAAGAAAAGGUUAGUUGUAUGUUUAAACAAGUUCCAGUAAUUUGUCAUAGACAUGACUAUCUCAUAUGAAAGACCAUGAAUUGAACAUGGUACAUGAUUUUUCUUUCUAAAGUCAGUUUACAUUAACCCAUUCGCUCCUGGAGAUUUUGCCGAAAAACGCGUUUUGAAGCUAGUCGAGUGGUUUUCUGGUCACUGUCAUGCUAUAAAGGGCUAAAACUUACCAGAAACUGGUUUACAGGUCGUACACUUCGCGGCCUUCUGAUCCAGAUGCAAAAUAUCAGCUUGCAAAGUUCGGGCAUGCGCAGAAAGCAAAAUUUCGAGAUAGUUUUUGGGUUUAAAAGUGACACAGCAGUCUUGACUNCGUGUGUCUGCACGGACAGCACGGACAAGAAGUGGCAACUUUUUAAAAGAGGAAAUGGAGCGCUAUCUGCCUGACCAUCAAAUUGGUGUGUUUGUAGCUACCUGGAAUAUGCAUGAAGAAAAGGUUAGUUGUAUGUUUAAACAAGUUCCAGUAAUUUGUCAUAGACAUGACUAUCUCAUAUGAAAGACCAUGAAUUGAACAUGGUACAUGAUUUUUCUUUCUAAAGUCAGUUUACAUUAACCCAUUCGCUCCUGGAGAUUUUGCCGAAAAACGCGUUUUGAAGCUAGUCGAGUGGUUUUCUGGUCACUGUCAUGCUAUAAAGGGCUAAAACUUACCAGAAACUGGUUUACAGGUCGUACACUUCGCGGCCUUCUGAUCCAGAUGCAAAAUAUCAGCUUGCAAAGUUCGGGCAUGCGCAGAAAGCAAAAUUUCGAGAUAGUUUUUGGGUUUAAAAGUGACACAGCAGUCUUGACUUUUACUUUUCGCUUUCUCUGCUCCCUUCUUUUUUCGCUUUUCUUGCCUCAUUUUUUUUUUCUCUUUCUGGGCAUUUAGUAGGCUUCAAUUUGGUGGGAAGAGUUUUUAGGAAAGCUUUUAGGAUCUUAGGAUUAGGUGAAAGGAAAGGUAGGUGGGUAAUAGAACAAGAUUUUCAUGGAGAUUUUCAGGUCAAUGUCUCGUGGUUUUUUGCUUCUUUCUCCGGUGUCCUUGACUGAAUUGUGCUCAUUCUGGUAUGGUUUGAAAGGUCUCUUCACUCUGCACAAGUUAGCGAAGAAAGUUGUCCUUGACCGUUAAAACUGAUGACGUCACAAAGGGUAGAAUGGACCUGGAUCCGCACGGGCGGUUACGGGCGGUUCAGGGGCGAAUGGGUUAAUCUUGUGACAAGUGAGAAGGCUAUCAGUCAAUAUUCUGUUGAUAACAUUAGUCAGCUAGGAAUAAUGACAAGUUAAAAGUGUGCAUAUUUCAACCUGUUUGGUAGUUGUUGGAAAAGUUUAGGAGCAGUGGUGUAGAGGUGGGUUGUGGGUGUGUCUGACUAUGCUAUAAUAAUUUGAAACUAUUUGCAGGCACCUGCUAAGAUGUGCGAUGUUAGCACAAUAAUAAUUAUUAUUAAAUGUAAUCAUUAUAAUUAAUAAUUAUUAGAAUUAUGUUACAUAAAGGGCUAUAAAAUUUCAAAUAUUCAAAUAAUGACGCAUUUAAAAGCACGCACUUUGUGUGGAAAUAAAAUCGCCAUGUUUAAGAAUUGAAAGGUAAUGUAGAUUAAGUAAUUGAUGAAAAAUCAACAUUAAAAUUUAAUAUAAGAGAUAUGCUUGAUUAAAAGAAUUGAGAUAGAAAGUGUAUGUUUGUCCUCCGGUAUGCUUUUGCCAUAUGUCACCAACUAAAGACAACAAGUGAUAAUGUUGGCUUUUUUAUUGUCAGAAUAAAAAAUGGUAUGAUUAUUUUUCUAUCAAAACAAACUUGUAGUCAGCUUUGGUUUAACGAAAACUGUAAAAUGAGGUGUUAACUUAAAAUGAUACAACAUAGUCUUUUAUUUGUGUUCUCUACAGGAAGUUCCGUUUUACUUGGAUGAUUUUCUGAUACCAGAUUCCACUGACUUCCUACAAGAUCUUUAUGUUAUUGGUUUGCAGGAAAGUACAUCAAUGAGGUAAUAGAUUUUGGUUUCCUUCCACACUUUAUUGCUGUUAAAUGUUGCAGGCCUGGAUAAGAUCAUUGCAACAACAUUUUAAAGUCUAUUACAGCCUUAGGUGGCAAGAAAGCUCUCUGGAACACUCUGGAGGCAGGGCGGGAAAAGAAAGGAGAGCUUGCAACAGCAUCUCUGGAAUUUGAAUAUAUCUGCAUCAAAAAAGUCGAUGUGAAAUGCUGAUUGGUGGAGAUGACAUUAGUAAUGAUGUCAUCACCCUUGGCACUUGUGCACUCGUUUCCACUUUGCACUGAUUGGCAGAAAUCUGACAGCUCAGUCAACGGGAAGCCACAGGGAGAUUAGAGGUGGAAUUCAAAUUCCAGAGACGUAGCUGCAAGCUCUCCUUCCAUUUCCCGCCCCACUGCCAGAGUGCCCCAGAGAGCUUGCUUGCAGGCUUUUACUGCUUAAGUUCCUAUUUUUGAUUCCAUGGACCGUAGUGUUUUUCCUGAAUUUCCAAACAGAGAGCAUACCAAUUGAAGCUGCAGGGAAAAGGCCUCCAAGAGAUCGUUAUUAUUAAUAAUUGGUGAUAACGAUCUCUUGGAGGCUUUUACCUUGCAGCUAAUUUGAAAUUAUUUGAAAUCAAUUUUGCACCAAUCAAUAACAUAAACAAUAAAAUUUAUAAUUUAAGAGAUUAUUAUUAAUUGUUUAUGUUAUUGAUUGGUGCAAUAUUGAUUUCAAAUAAUUUCUGGUAUUUCCUCAUAUCUUGAAUAAGUGUUUUGUUGUUUGUUUUUGAAUUUGAGGGAACAUGCCAGGUCUAGUAUUUAAGAACUAAUGAAUUCGGCUUUCGUAUCAUCUGAAGCAUUAUGGAGAUCAAGGAGGGCGUUAUCCAUUGAGGCCGUAUUUAUCGUUAUUUAUAUUAAUAUUAUUAUUCCAGGAAAGAGUGGGAGAUACGCUUGCAGGAGACCCUUGGUCCAUCUCAUGUAUUGAUGCACUCAUGUUCUUUUGGAUUGCUACACUUGGCUGUGUUUAUCAGGAGGGAACUUGUUUGGUUUUGUUCUGGUAGGUGUUCUUUUUGAGAAGACAAGUACCUAUAAAUAUACUCAAAAUUGAUUCCCCCCCCCCCCCCCCCCCCCAUUAAAAUCAAGGGGGGGAAAAUGGGGAGUUUUCCCUUUCUUUUUUUGGGGGGGGGGGUUUUUUUUCAUUUUUUUUUUUUUAAUUUUUGGUGUUGCCACUCCCCCUCCAUAAGUGACACCCAGGGGAGAGGCUGGGGGAACACAUGCUUAAGAUAGGGGACACAACAAACACCGAUUUCUGUUUUUAUGCGCGUGUGUUUUUUUUGGUUUGUUUACUUGGUGUUGUUUUUUAGGGGGGAAAUUGUUUGGUUUUGUUUUUGGAGGUGUUUUUUUUGGGAAAACAAGUGCCCAUAAAAAUACUCCAAAAUUAUUUCCCCCCCCCCCCCUCCCUCCCAUUAAAAUCAAGGGUGGGAAAAUGGCAGAUUUGACCUUUCAUUUUUUGGGGGUGGGGUUUCUUUUCCAUUCUAUUCUGUUCAAGAUUGUAGCUUGCCACUCCCCCUGAAUGAGGUACACCCAGGGGAACAGCGAGGAAGAAAACUCAUUAAGAUUGGAGACACAACAAACUGCAAGGUUGUUAUUAGAGAAAAACCAUAUUCCUUGCUAGAGCAGUGUUAGAUUUGUGCAAAAACUAAGAUGUCCUUGUUGUCCAAAGGCAAAAGUUGGUCAUCUUGGCCACGAGGCACCUUUAGCAUUCUGCCCUGUAACUGUUUUGACCUUGUAUGUAUAGUGUAUGUGUGAUUACUUAUUAUUGAUGUAUUUUUUCUUCAUCAAAUAGCUGUGACUGAGGACAGUGUAUCAACCAGAGUUGGACACAUGAUUAAGACCAAGGUUAAGGAGGUCUCUUUUUAUCUAGAGCUAAAUCUCUUCAGAUGUAGGAAGCAAAUGGUCUAAGGCAGUAUGCACUUCAAAGCUUUCAUAAUUUAUGUCAUUCCUCAUUUAAACUUGAAUUUUGUAGGUCUGUGUUCCCCUAAGAGUUUUGAUAAAAAAUAUCACCUUUUGGAGGAAAAGUUUCAAACAUUAGAACUUGCUACUGAAAUUUAACUUAGACUCAAUUAUCACUAAGCAGCUUCUUGUGAACUGAUGGUCAAGGGUGUCAUUAGACAAUAAAGAGCAUUUAACUACUAAAAUAUUUUUGGCCAGAACCAACAGUAGGUGAAAGUGUAUGAACAAAUUUUUAAUGAAGGUGAAGUUUAAAGGUUUUUAAAGGUCUUUAGUUUUGGCAGUGGGAGUGAAUGGUUAAGUGCUCUUGAUUUCAACUCAGUCUCCCCAGGUUUAAAUCCUCAAUCUGGCCUCUAGCUAAGGUUGGUCUUGGUAGCACCAAGUUUAACACCUCUGCUAUGCUUGUUUUUAUAGCUAACUGGCUCCCCUCUGGCCAGCUGGGACUCUUACCUGCUGCAUUUAGUAUUAAUAAACUAAUUUCUGUCCUUAUUUGUGAAAACUACUGGGUCACCAGAAAUUGUGUCACGUACAGCUGUACCACUACAAUUUACAAAGGCAUUUUUUUAGCUUUUGAAGUGUGGUUGUGGUCAAAAGCAAUGCAAUUAUUAUGGUUGCUCAUUCCCGUUCAUGUUUUAAUGCUUCUUGCAGGGCGCAUUGGCUGUUUCCUUCAGUAUAUUUGGAACAUCAUUCCUCUUUAUUGAUUCACAUUUUACUUGUAAGUUUUCCAUUGAACAGAGAAAAUUAUUGCAACAGUCACAAUUGGUGACAAAAUUAGUUGAGACACUUUAUCCUAAAGGGCAUCUGUGAUGUUUUGCUAUCUUCAACAGGGGAAAAAUUAAUGAAGCUUACUGGCCCUUAUUCCUCCCCGGUGAUGUCACACAAGCUGUAUGCCACUUGCAGCUUUGCCUGGGCUCACUUAUUUUGUUGUGCCUCACUUUGCUCUCCACUUGGAAUGGAAAGUUUUCUUGCAGGCCAACUUUGUUAUUGUGUAUGAUACAUUUUUGGUCUGUCUGAUAAUUAAGAGCAAUUGUAGGUCUGGUAUGUGGAAUGUGAAAUGAAUCAUUUGAUAAUAAUAUUUUUAUCGUUUGUUAAAUUACCCUGCAGCUGAUGAGGGAAAAUCUUUGGAUCGUGUCAAUGAUUACAAGACAAUCUGCAAGUCUCUUUCACUAUCUCCGGAUAACAAACCCAAUGCAAGCAAUGGUUAAGUAGAGCUUGGAUUUUUCAUGACCAGUAUUUGAACUUGAUGUGUACUACACCAAUUGAUCAUGCAUUCUCUUUCAAACACUGGAAAAUUCUGAUUGAUUCUUCAACAAUUAUUUACAAGUUAGUACAGCCAUUCAUUUUCUACAGGCUAGCUCUUAGUUUUACAUUUGUCCGUCACAUUUUUCUUUCUUCUUUCAGAUCAGACAGAUCUUACGGCAAACUUUGAUCGAGUGUUUUGGCUGGGGGAUUUUAACUUCCGGGUGACUUUAGAAAGAUCAAAAGUGGAUGAGAUGCUUGAGAAAUAUAAAGAUCAGGAAACUCCAGAGUGUGAGGUUGGUAUAAUCCUUUAAAACAUUUUAAAACUUUUAUUUGCCCUGCUGCUUUGAACUUCAGAACUUAAAGUGAACUCGAAAUUGUUACCAACUAAACUUUUCCAUUGCUGAAUUUUUUGCAGGAUUUAUUGGAAAAAGACCAACUGUUAGACCUCAUGGGACAAGGUGACUGUUAUUUUUUUUUCUUUUUUCUUUUUUUUUUUUGUCCCUGUAAGUCAAAGGUUUUCACUUUUUUAUUUUAAAAGUAAUUUCGUUAUUUCUUUUGUUUUGCAAAUUCUAAAAUGUAUUGAUUGACUUGUUAUAGCCUGGGACCAGGCUCCGCACUGGGGAAAAAAGGAGAACAAAAUCGGUGACGGCGAAAAAAACGGCGUUCGAAGCGAGCUGAACGGCGGUCAGGGGAGGAAAAAGGCCACCGCUCGCCGUUUUUCUUUUUGCUGCUGCGGAGCCUGAUUCCAGGCUAGGCUUGUUAAAAUUCUCUCAAGAUUUUCUUUUCUUCUGGUGGGUGAUUUUUUUUACAGGUAAAGUGUUUGUUGGAUUCAGUGAACCACCAAUCAGAUUCCUUCCAAGUUACAAGCAUGAUAUACAGAGUGAUACAUAUGAUUCAUCAUCAAAGAAUAGAGUACCUUCCUGGACGGUAAGUUGUUACCUAUCGAAGCUGACCGGCUCGCACGCAUUGUGCUUGUUUUUCUGGCCAAAAAAUUAGCCGGUUGUCUGAUUCAACUAAACGCAAACUGUUUUGUAAUGAUUCUUGAAUCGCAUUCAUCUGAAUCUGUCCGUCGUUAAGCCUAUAAAUCCCCCGUGGAAAAAAAACAAGCGCAAAUAAACUCAGAAAGAUGAAAAAUAGCCUGGGAAAACAGCCGACAUCGCGGGACAACCACUGGUGGAGUCGCGAGAUGUCGGCUGUUUUCUCAAGCUAGAUAAGAGAACGUGUAACGGUCAAGUUAAAAAAGAAUUUAUUCAACCUUUACUGGAAAAAGAGAAACACCUUUUGCAGUGGAGAUGUUUUCCGUUCGGCCUUUCCCCUCUUCUCGAAAAAAUUACUUCGUCCAUGAAGUUAUCAUAACGUGGAACUUGCACAUUUCAAAAUAACGAUUGGUUUUGUUUGCUUGUUUGUUUUGCAGGACCGUAUUCUUUACCGGAGUAACGAUCUAUCAAGUAUCGAGCCAUUAAUGUACAGCAGCUGUGUAUCUGUGAAGACGUCAGAUCAUAGGUAAACUAGCUUGCGUGGCAAGCGUUAGCCUGCGUUGCAGCCAACCCUGACGCAUUUGGCCUGCGUUGCAGCCGGCCCACGUAUAGAGCGUCUGUGACGCAGACAAGGCAAGCGUCGGUUAGUUUUUUGUGGUUAGUUUUUAUGGGGUCCUCUCCCCUCUAGUGCGCACGCGUCUUCAAAAUUUCUUUCUUCACCCAAAAUAAACUUUGCGCCUGCUACGCAGGCUACAGGACACAUCUGAGUUUUUGUCAGGCAUGUUUCUACUUUUGAACCUUUUGGAUAAAGCAUUGAUCUGUACCCAUGACCUGUGAAAUGUUUCGUGGGUUUUGUUUUUACCACUAGCACGAGUAAUUAGACAAAAUACCAACACUGUGAAAUAAGAAGGAGUAUCAUUUUAAAUAAUUUUGCAGUGAGUCUUACUACACGUCCAUGCGUUUGUGUUGUUUAUGUCUUGAUUUUUUUUCUUACAGGCCUGUAUUUGGUAUUUAUCGAGUCAAACUUAAUCCUUGUCCUGACAGGUGAGUUGAUCAGCAUCUUAUUUCUCCUGACCAGUAUCUUGCCUUAUUCUACCACAAAGUUAAAUGACCUAGUUAUGAGAAUGAAGAGAAUAAACACUUAAGUUAUAAUGUUCUAAUUUUUACACAAAGUUUCCUUAAUAGUGCCAAAGAAUGUGUAUUAUGUGCUGUGCUGAGAAAAUGAGUGUCGACAGAAACUCAUAAGGGGUUGAAUUCAACCCCUGGUGUCGACUAAUAUUGGGGGCGAGGUCGUUCUUUUUUUUAAUUGUCUUUUUUCAUGCGCAAUAGAAUGCAAGUAAAGCUACUUUUUCUUUUAUUUAUCAGCAUUCCUCUGACUGGAGGACAAUACAUUCGGGAUGUUUACGUAGAAGGUAUGUUUGGUCUCAAAACUACCGAGGAGGUUAAGCCUAGCCUGCAUAACAGGCGUUAUUUUUUCGCGUUUUUCAGGCGAGCGAAAGCAAGCGCGAAGCGAGCGAGGAGCGCCAGACACGGCGCACGACAGGGGAAGGCAGAGAAUUAAUAACCUUCCCCCAGCAACUUGGGAUGAAACAGCGACGUUUUUUUUUUUAAAGUGCUAAGGUUAUGAGAAAUAUUGUGUUCAUGUUCAUGCUUCAGUUACUGAUCCAUUUUUCUCGAGUCAAGGACACACGCUCAGUCGGUGUGUGGUAGUUUCCUCGGGUCGUUUCGUCUACGAAUAAAUCUUUUACAUUCAUGAAUAGGAAAAGCUAAGUGGAUUAUCUUAAGCUGAGACCAGGUUGAAUAGUUUCAAAAAGUAGUUGACAAGACAGCUGACUUUUGCUCGUUUUUGUCGUGAAACAGCUAACCGAAGAAGAGCUGCAGGACCCAGGACUGACGGACAAAGCGCUGUUUGCGUCAUUCUCUGAAGUGAACCGCAUCCGGGAAACAUGCUUCCAGUUGCAACAAGUAAAACCUAUCUGUGAUAUGCCUUCAACGUCAGCUCUUUGUCAUCCUCUAGUGUUAUGAAUGUAUAGAGCCACUGUGACCAAAUCCUUCUCCGCGUUCAAAAUAGGGACUUUGCCAUCGUGGCAGUGUAAAAAAUGCGGACUGCGGACUGACUGUGGACUACUGUUUUUAGGGUUAGAAUAUAAUGGGACUAUUGUUGUUUCAUACUGAUUUGCAUGGUGAAAACAGUAGUCCGCAGUCUGCGUUUUACAUUGACCGCUUUGCCAUCCGACAACGAUGACGCAAAUGCAAUGUCGUUCCCAGGUUUCUCUCGUACUCUUCCAUACGGGGAGAAGGAGACCACCCUGGGAACGAGGUUGACUCCAAUAAAAACGUCUCUUAACAACGGUAGGCGCGUCUUUCAAGUCAGCGGUUUGCAACACCGCGACUUUGAAAACGGAGAAGGUUCUGGAGUCAAGUUUCCGCAUGUUGAGUGUGUUGAGCAAAAGAUGAGUUUAAUGAAUUUCCAAAUAUGAACAGAGCAAGGUCAGCAGGUGUAGAAACAUAUAUUUCAACGGUUCGUAGUGAUGUUAGUAGUUUUACAGUGUGUUGCGUUAUCAUUAAUCCUGGUUUCGCACAGGUUUCGUUGGUUGAAAAUUUAGUUUUAGAUCUUUUAUUUUUGAUUGUACAUAAGAUAAAAUUAAUUUCAGCGAAAUAACGGUCGCUGCCGCAUGCAUACGUAAUAAGAUCAAGGACCCUUUCAUGAUGUAAAUAGUCAGAUAGUUGAAAAGUAGUCAACCCAAAG